AUGUUGAUGAGAAGUGCCGUAAAGUCCGCCAAACAACUCUGCAAACCGUUGAGGGCGGAGGUUUCGGCAGCUCGAAACAUUGCCGGCCCCAGCAACCUGGACGAACGUCGACGAAGAUUGGUCGAGAAAUACGCUAUCAUCGAAGACCCCUUCCAAGAAACGACCAGUGCCGAGGAGAACUGGCGAACUUUGAAUUUCAAGUCCUCCAGUCGAGCAUUCAGCAGCAAUGUGAGGGAUCUUCGGCUGGUCCAAGGCGAGAAUAUGCUUGUUCGCAAUGUCCGACUUUCCGAUCGCUGGUUCUCGUUGCACGAAUAUCCGACCGGCAAAUUUGUGCGGGAUUUGUUCGAUUCCGAGACCAAAGGAAAGAAACCGAUGAAUGCGGCGUUCCUCGAAGACGGGAAGAAGCUGGCCGUGCAUUACGAAAACGAUAUUGUUGUUGUGUGGGAUGUGGAAACGGGUGAAUCCGCGAGGACCUUCAAAUUCGCGGGCAAUGGUGGGCUCCGGCAUAAUCAUCGAUCAAUCUUCAAGGGAGACAAGUGAGUCUGUGGGUGGGAAGAUACAUUGAAAAUAGAGUUUAUAAGAAAACUACAUAAAUUAAUGUAAUAUUAUAGAAUUAAAUCUGUACAAAACAAAUUUCAAGAGUCUAAAAAUGUAGUAGUUAUAAAAAGCUGUCGUUCUAAGAAGGUUUAUUUUUGAGAUACGACAACUUUUUUGAUUAUAAAUCCAAAGUUUCAAAAAAUCAAAUAGUCAUAUCCCAAUUACUGUAGAUAAAAAAAAACAAAAAAAAAAUAAAAAUCGUUUUUGUGAAGUCAAAUUUAACCCAAAAAUUUUGCAGAAUGCUCUGGACCGUUGGCCGUUCCCGCCUCGAAAUCUAUGAUCUCAAUUCCGGCAAACAAACCGCCCGCUACGAGUGCCAGCAGCCAAUGAUCGGCGACAUUCGCUUCGACGGCCGUCUUCUGGCCCUCCACUUGGACGGAGGACCCGUCCAAAUCCUCGACAUUGAGGACGGCAGCCGGCGACAAGUCCACUUCCACGGCGACACCACAGCCCCGAUGGGAGUGACCAUUGGGCUGGUGUCGGAGUUGGAUCAAAUCUUCGUGAAGACGGGUGAGAAUGUGCAUGUUCAUGAUGUGAUUACUGGAGAGCAUUUGGGAACCUGGGACCAUCAUCGGGGCCCAUUGCCGGCGUGGAACUAUUUCCAUGGACGGAUGUUCGGAAUCUUCGAUCUCAACCAAGUUUUUGUGAGUUUUGGGAAUUUUUGAAAUUCGAUUUUUUUUAUUUGAAAAAAGUGAUACCCUGAAGAGCCUUUUUUUUAUAAAUUUUGGCUUGAAAUUAAAUUUUUCCAUUUUCAGAUCCACCGUUUCAACGGGCACGCGUGGUCGAAUUCACUUCAAACCUACGACUUCCCAAUUAAUCCGGUCGGCUUCAUCAACGAGCAUCUGUUCCUCACCACCACCGCCGAACACAACAACCCCGCCAACAAGUCGGUGUUCCAGCUCUGGGACAUGGAUUCGGGCCGUGUGAUCAGACACAUUGACAGAGACUGGAAUCGGACCAUUGCUUGUACCGUAUCUCCGUCGGCUUUGGACUUUGUGACGGCCGAUGGAAACGCCGAAAACACGACCUACCACCAUUGGGAUUUUGACUGUUAA